AUGCCGAUGCACAACGGCCUCUUGCCCCGCGAGGGCUUCAAGGCAGACACGGUGGUGCGCAUCCUUGGCAACACGGCUUUCAACCCCGCCUUCACGCUGCCUCUCCUCCUGCUCGCGAGGUUUACCAAGAAGGGCGAGAACUAUUCCAUCCUUCACCAGAAGGCCUUCUCGCGUGUCAAGCUCCUCUUCUACUUGGGGCUCAUACGCCGGCUGAGCAGCUGGUACUCCACGAAGGUAGUAAACAACUGGCAAGAUGACCAGUACGACUGGCGAGGGAGGGAGAUUGUACUGAUCACCGGCGGGUCUGGGGGCAUCGGAGGGCACGUGGUCAAGUUCCUGAGCGAGAAGGGCAUCAAGGUCGUUGUGCUGGAUAUACAGCCCCUGACCUUCGAAGCGCGCAAGUCUUUCCCUUCUUCCAAUGUCCACUACUUCAAGUGCGACAUCACGUCGCCCAAGGAGAUCGCCGCUGUGGCCAAGGAAAUCCGUUCCAAAGUCGGCUAUCCCACCGUGUUGAUCAACAACGCUGGCGUGGCCCGUGGUAAAACUAUCCUCGACUCUUCUGAGAAAGACAUCCGCUUCACGUUCGAUGUGAACUCCCUGGCGCAUUAUUGGAUGAUCAAGGAAUUUCUCCCGAGUCUGAUCGAGAAUAACCACGGCAUGGUUGUGACUGUGGCCUCAAUUGCAGCAUGGUGUGCGGUUCCGAACAUGGUUGAUUACGCUGCCUCAAAGCAUGCCGCCCUCGCAUUCCACGAGGGCCUGGCCGCCGAGCUUGCCACUCGCUACAGGGCACGCAAGGUCCGCACUGUCGUUGUAAACCAGGGAUAUACGCGCACGCCUCUCUUCGAUGGGUACAGCAACGGAGCGCCUUUCCUGAUGCCGACGCUCGAGCCCGAGACCGUUGCCGAGGCCAUCGUGAGACAAGUGCUGAGCGGCAAGAGCGGUCAGAUCAUCGCACCCGCAUUUGCCAAUGGGCUUACGGCCCUCGCCUCCAUGCCGCAUUGGUACCAGUAUGGGUUGCGGCUGGACGGGCAUAAGAUCAUGAAGAAAUGGCACGGCCGGCAGGUGGUUUCGGAUCUGGACAAGUUCUACGGUGACAAGGACAAGAAUGGUGAGGUCGAGGGCAGCACCGUCUUGGUUCCCCAAGAGUCGAGUUGA